CGACUGUCGCAUAACUUUAGGGAAUUGCCUUGUUCGACGGAUUCCUUGUUUGUUUGAUCUACUGGCCACGAGUCAUUCACCUCGUUUGUUUCUCCUUUUACGAUUUACAACACUCCGCAAUAUAUCAGGCGACGCUCGACCGAUGCGCAUGCCUCUACACAAUUAAAGCCUUUGAUUACGUGUUCGCGCAUUGUUACCUCCGGUUUUCUCUAGCAGCGCAAGCUGCGAUUACAGGCCAUCCAUUAAGUUGGCAAGUUAGGACUUUCAGAUUUUGACCCUCUACCUCUACCUUGAUUCCGAAGUCGUACCGCGAUCAUGGCUUCGUCGAGCAGGAGUACAUCGAGCAAAAGCACGACACCUGCAGCAAAGAGCCCUCAUCCCUCAUACCCACCACCUGGCAAUAAUGCUUCAAUCUUGAUUGAGAAAACCCGCCCUGGAGUUCGAAGAUCCACCCCUGAUUCGGAGGCUUUGGCUUCGUCUGAGGAUGAAGAUCACCAACAAAACCAACUCCCAGCUGCCCCCGUAGUUAAACCCAUGCGGCGCAUAUCAUGGAUCAACGAUGUUCCAACCACGUUGGCUCGAAAGGCGUCCCUGCCAACAAGCUCCUCUUUUUCAUCAGCAAAUUCUAACCCUACUACCCCAGCCGCUGAUCAAACUUCAUGGGGAGGUGCGACUAGCCCUGGGCUUAACGCCCCACUUAGCUGGGGAUCCACCGGGACUGGGCCUUUUCCCUGGGGAACAGCAAUAUGGAACUCAGAUGCGCGCAAAGAACCCCCAUCAAGGUUGACAGAAGUUCUUCAGUCACCAACCUCCACUAUGAUGCCAUCUUCAUCAACUAUAAAUAGCGGUGAUGAUAUCCUUAGCCCGCUAGCCAAAACGAUAUCUGGGGACUCCAAUAUUCCAUUUUCGAUCCCACUCCAUCCUACCCCGAAGACAUAUCGCUCCCAGUCGUAUUCUGUUGGCCAGCUAGAUACAGAACAACAAGCUACUCUGCCACUUAAUAACGGCGCGAUUGCUACUCCAACCACACGCAGAGGUACGGUUGCGCCAUUAUCUUCAAUCCAGCGUCGCUCUUCCAGGCCAAGCAUGCUUGGAGAACUAGGGCAUGAUGCGGCCACUCUUGGUCGUGUUCGUGAGGAUGAAGACGAUGGCAAUGUAAAUGGUGCUGAAGGUGGAUAUAAUUGGUCUUCUUUGAACCAGGCACGUCGGAUAGAACAACUUUCGUUGGAAAAUGCCCUUUUGCGACAAGCCGCAUCAGGACAACUCGAUAAUUCUCGAUUCCGUGACCGUGCUAUGUCUUCCGCUUCUGCAACAAGUGGAUUCUCUCUUGCUCAGAGUCAUAACCUGCACCGUCUUCCUGGAAGUGUUCCAGAGGAGGGCGAUUUGGCAGUCGAGGAUUUGGAUGAACUGGGAGAGAUUCAUCCGGGUUAUAAUAGUACCAGGAGCAAUGGUCGGAGAAGGCUCAGUGAGCAUUCAACUAAUCUUGAUAAGCCAUUCCCGAACUUUAAUUCUUUGGAGAAUCGUGCGCUUGAAAACAUUAAAAAGGCCCACUGGCAAACCUCGCUUGGCUUUGGUGGCAUGCCUGAAGGACCCCAGAGUCGCCGCCAUUCUUUUGCCGACAUCCCCAUGAGACAGCAAUCUCUUGGUUCGCCUGCUGAUUCCCAUCAGCCCGUUAUUGGCCCAGCUGCUUCGAUGGGUAACCGAGAAGAUGGCUUUACCAAUUUUGCCAAUGGGGGAGUUAGUGCUUCCCCUGCGGAUAACAAUUCUUCUUACUUCCCUGGACACGACAAGUCCCUCCGUGUCUCCGAUAAUAUUCCUACCUCUGGGAUAUCCACGUCGCUCCACCAGGCAUAUGUCAUGCCCAACGCCUUUGGCCGUCAACACUCGAAUCUGGCGCAUGCCCACCAGAACCAACAGCUUUUUAUUGUCACGUUCAAGUGCGGCAGGGCCGACGUCUUCUAUAUCCAAGAGGAUACUGGGUUGCAGGUCAAAACUGGUGAUCUCGUCAUUGUUGAAGCAGAUCGGGGUACCGAUCUUGGCACGGUUGCUCAUGCAAACGUCAGCUGGGCGAGAGCGCGCGAACUUAAAGAACACUAUGCAGAGGAGCAUUACAAGUGGCUUAUGAUAUUCUCCCGCCAAAGCCAGUCAGGUGUCCCAAAUGCCGUGAAUCCAAACAGUGUCUCUUCAAAUAUGAACGGAGCCCCUGGCAGCGCGGUGGGUGGUAUGGGACCACAGGGCCAGCAUGGAAUGCAAGAACCUCAAGGCGGAGAUAUUAAGCCCAAACUGAUCAAGCGGCUUGCCCAAAGCCACGAAAUCCAGACCCUUCGUGAAAAGGAAGGGAAUGAAGCUAAAGCUAAGCGUGUUUGCCAGCAGAAGGUAGCUGAGCACCGGCUGAAUAUGGAAAUCCUUGAUGCAGAGUUCCAAAUGGACUGGAAAAAGCUUACUUUUUAUUAUUUCGCUGAUACUUACAUCAAUUUCAACUCGCUCGUCACAGAUCUAUUUAAAAUCUACAAAACCAGAAUUUGGAUGUCGGCUAUUAAUCCAGCAUCGUUUGUUACACCAACCGCCGGACUGCAGCCCCCUAGCAGUAUAGGGUUCACUCAAGAGGGCCACCCAGAUCGACGGCGACCGCAUGACUUCAAGCCCUUUGUCCCCAGUGCCGGUCAAGGAGUUGCGUCCAUGCGAGGUUUUGCAGACGCUGCUGCGAGAGAUACCACAGGAAACCUUAGAAGUCAGUAUGUGGACCCGUACCAGGCAUUUGCGAGCGGCAGGCAACCGGAUGCGGCAAUGCCUGGCUUUUCACAAGGCGUGCAACCCCAAACAGACCCAUUUUCUUCCUUUCAGCCAUCGAGCUACGGGGUUGGGGAUCCGAAUUUACCUGACCUUCAUAACGCGGCUGGUUUAGGGCCAGUGGCCCGCCAAGCGCAUCCCACCCAAGGCGACUGGAUGAAUCGUUUCCAAGGUCUUUCACUCGGUUCUUGA